AUGGAGCUGUCAACGCCGGACGACGGAAGUGGGCGAUGGCGGGCGCGGAGAAGGCGACCCGAUGGGGCCACCCUGGUGGCCAUGUUGCUGGUGACACUCGUCCACCUGGCCAGCACCGUCCAGGCCGAGUCAUUGUUAGGAAUAGGUGGCAGUAUAUUUAGUAAUGAAACUGACGUGCCAUGUCCGUUCGGAACGUUCAAGUGCCCCGAGGGAAAGUGUAUACCGCAGACGUCCGUCUGCAACUAUCAGAAGGACUGCGAUAAGGGCGAGGAUGAGCUGAACCACUGUCCUCCACCUGAAUGUGAACCGGGCCAAAUCAGUUGCGGUCAGUACGUCUUCAACAAGACGUACUGCAUUCCGCCGCACUACAAGUGUGACAUGACAAUCGAUUGCGUUGACGGCACGGACGAGUCUGACUGCACGUACCGUAAGUGCCAAACGGAUGACAUUCGAUGCGGAGCGCCUUCUUUGGGAGUCUCGCUAAACGGACGAGUGGCGGAGAUCUGCGUGCCGAAGGAGAAACGUUGUGACGGUUACCUAGACUGUCGUACUGGCAAGGACGAAGAUGACUGUCCCGGAACGGCAUGUAGACUAGAUCAGUUCCGUUGUGCCAACGGUGUCCGUUGUAUCGAUACGGCGCUCAAGUGCAACCACAAGAACGAUUGUGGCGAUAAUUCGGACGAAGUUGGAUGUAAUUUCCCACCUUGCCACGGAGGACAGUUCCGGUGCGCAAACGCACUCUGUAUACCAGCGACUUUCCACUGCGAUGGCUACCACGACUGUUCGGAUGAGAGUGAUGAGGCAAACUGUACCGCCAUCGCUUGUCCCGACAACAAGUUCCUGUGUCCACGUGGUGGUCCGAAUGGUCAGACGAAGUGCAUCGUCAAAUCGAAGCUGUGUGACGGCAAGAGAGAUUGUGAUGAUGGUACCGACGAAGAAACAGCUUGUUCAACAACAUCCUGUCCAGCGCUUGGCUGCGAGCAUAAGUGUGGCCCUUCCUUGACAGGUGGUGUAUGCUACUGUCCAGUUGGACGUACUCUCUCACCAGAUAAUCGUACCUGUGCCGACCUGGAUGAGUGUACUGUGUGGGGUCACUGCGACCAACUUUGUACCAACACGGACGGUUCGUUCUCGUGCGCUUGUGCCACCGGUUACACCUUGACAGAGAAGACGAGAUGUGUAGCUCCGACUGCAUCCAGUUUGGAGCUGUUCUUUGCAUACGACCGGGCGAUCUUGCGUAUGAGCGCUCACGGGCAGGACUCUCGUGUGAUCGCGAACGCAACUGGUGCUAGUGGCCUUUCGUAUCACUACGCUAAGAACCUACUCUACUGGUCCGACAUCAAGACACGUAAAGUGCAGUCACAGGUGCUCGUAGACGGUGGAUUCGGUGGACAUGACUUUACGCUGCCUGGCACGUGGGCUCCGGUUGCGAUCGCCAUCGAUUGGGUCGGUGACAAACUGUACGUGGCUGAUCUGGUCGGUCAGAAGGUGGACGUCUUCGAACUGGAUGGCCGCUGGCAUGCGGUCGUGCUUGGUUCUAACCUCACAAGCCCAGCAGAUUUGGCGCUGGAUCCAACUGCUGGUCUGAUGUUCGUUGCUGACGGCAGCCAUGUCCUGCGUGCACACAUGGACGGUACCCACGCGAAGUCGAUCGUGUCAGAAGCGGCGUACAAGGCAUCCGGUGUCGCAGUGGACGUGAUCGCACGCCGAGUCUUCUGGUGUGACUCGUUGCUGGAUUACAUCGAAUCGGUGAGCUACGAAGGCGAGCGACGCGUCAUGAUUCUUCGAGGCCAACAAGUACCAAGCCCGUCUCGAUUGGCGCUGUUCGAGAAUCGCGUGUUUUGGUCAGACGCAACCAAGCAAGGCAUCAUGUCGGUGGAUCGCUUCGAAGGUUCUACCAGCAUCCAGUCAAUCUUUAAGGCAAAGGACAUCCGAGAGCCACGAGCGUUGAUCGCGGUACAUCCGCUCACACAGCCCAAGGUGUCGAAUCCUUGUGGUAACAACAACGGUGGCUGCUCGCAGAUGUGCGUCGUGACGGCAGUACAAGGUGCUCCAUCUGGACUUGGGUACCGGUGCGCCUGUCAUACCGGCUGGCAGUUGUCGAAGGAUCUGAUGAGCUGUCACCUGGUGCGGCAGUUCUUGAUGUACUCGCAGCAGCGCUUCAUCAAGGGUAAGGUACUCGACCCGGUCAUUGAGGGUUUCAGUGAUGCCAUCCUACCGGUGGUGUCUCGACGAGCGCGCUUUGUCGGACUUGAUUUCGACGCAGUCGACGAGCAUAUUUACUACUCCGAUGUCCUGCAGGACGUAAUCUACCGUGUACACCGCAACGGUACUGGACGUGAGAUUGUGCUAGCGUCACAGAAUGAAGGCGUCGAAGGGUUGGCAGUAGAUUGGGUCUCGAAGAACUUGUACUAUAUCGACAGCCGCAAGGGUACACUAAACGUACUGUCGACACGCAACACUAGCUACCGGCGCACUCUACUCAAGAACCUGAAGCGUCCGCGUGCCAUCGUAGUUCACCCGAACCGAGGUUACAUCUACUUCUCGGAAUGGGAUCGUCCUGCAAACAUUAGUCGAGCGAAUGCUGAUGGAAGUGGGCUUAUCGUGUUCCGAAAUGUGACGUUAGGUUGGCCAAACGGCUUGUCGAUUGAUUUCCGAGAGGACCGCGUUUACUGGUGCGACGCCCUGUUAGACCACGUGCAGCACUCUAGCCUGGAUGGUACAGACGUACGCACGGUGAACUCACGACUCAUUCGUCACCCAUUCUCGAUCGUCAUCCACGAGGAGUGGAUGUACAUCACCGAUUGGCGGUUGGAUGCGAUCGUACGUCUGAACAAGCUGAAUGGCGAACAGGAGGAGAUCAUGGUGCGAGAACCACAAACGAAUCGGUUGUACGGUGUGAAAGUAUAUAGUCAUGGAGUACAGAGCAUCGACGCUAGCCAGCCGUGUGGCGUCAAUAAUGGCGGUUGUGAGAAGCUCUGCUUUGCCCUACCAAGAAACGAUACUGAUAAGAUGGCUGCUGGAACGUCCCCAGCAACUGAAUCGGGCCGGCUGGUGGUGAAGUGCGGAUGUCCAUAUGGUGAGCGACUUGGGGAUGAUGGUCGUAGCUGUUUGUCGGAUCCCAACGCAGAACCUCCAGUACAGGCAUGUCCAAACACCUGGGACUUCACCUGUAACAACCAGCGAUGCAUACCGAAGUCAUGGAUUUGCGAUGGUGAUGACGAUUGCCUUGACAACUCGGAUGAGGAGCAAAAUUGUACCAAACCGACGUGUGGUGCAAACGAAUUCCAGUGUAAAUCAGGUCGGUGUAUCCCCCUCAAUUUCCGGUGUGAUCAGGAGAACGACUGUGGUGAUCACUCAGACGAGUUCGAGUGUGGAAACGUGACGUGUGCGGCAUCACAAUUCGCGUGCGAGAACGGACGCUGUAUCCCAAACAUCUGGAAGUGUGACAGCGAGAACGAUUGUGGCGAUGGAUCAGAUGAAGGUCCUUUCUGUGCGGAAAAGACCUGUGCGUACUUCCAAUUUACAUGUCCACGGACGGGCCAUUGUAUACCGCAAAGCUGGGUGUGCGACGGUGACGACGAUUGCUUCGACAAGCAAGACGAGAAGGAUUGUCCGCCUAUAACGUGUCUAGCGAACCAAUUUAAAUGUGCCGACUUACGCCAAUGUGUCGAAGAACCGUACAAAUGCGACGGAAUUCCGGACUGUAACGACGGCAGUGAUGAACUGGGCUGUCCUACUAUGGAACCAAACCAAUGUAAUCUGGAGAAGCACUUCAGAUGCCGUUCGUCUGGUGUUUGCAUUCCGAUCGCAUGGCACUGUGAUGGCUCGAACGAUUGUGAUGAUCAUUCGGAUGAGGAGGACUGCAGCAAGAUCACAUGUCCGAAUGGGUUCUACAAGUGUGCGAACGCCAAAUGCGUGUUCAAGGCGUACAUAUGCGAUGGCAAGGACGACUGUGGUGAUGGAUCAGAUGAGAGUGUUGAGCAUGCAUGCGUAACUCCGCCACAACGCUGCCCACAUGGUCAAUGGUCCUGUCCGGGAAUUACUGAACGAUGUGUCAAUAUGACGUCCGUCUGUGAUGAGGUACCGGAUUGUCCGAACGGCGCUGACGAAGGACUCGGAUGUGACCUAGAACAGUGCCAGCACCAAUCCGGCCUGUGCUCGAACGGAUGUCAAAAGACACCACUAGGGGCGCUUUGUAUUUGUCCACCAGGCGAAGAGCUCGCGCCAGACAACUUUACUUGUAAAGAUCUGAACGAGUGCGAUCCACCUGGACUCUGUUCGCAACGCUGUACCAACACCAAGGGCUCGUACUUCUGUUCUUGCGUUGAUGGGUACGUGCUUGAGCCGAAUAAGCACACCUGUAAGGCGGUUAACCACUCGGCCGCAUUCCUGAUCAUCUCGAACCGUCACUCAAUCCUGGUAGCCGACCUGAAGGAACAGGGACUCGAGCGGGUUCCGAUCAUCGUAGAGAACGUGGUGGCAACCGCUUCGAACAUGCACACCGGCACAAUCUUCUGGAGCGACAUGAAGCUGAAGAAGAUCUCGCGUCUAGAUCGCGGGCAAGAGCCGCAGGAGAUCAUUUCUACUGGACUCGACCUAGUGGAGGGGUUGGCGUACGACUGGAUCGGUCAGAAUCUUUACUGGCUGGAUAGCAAGCUCAAUACAAUCGAGGUGUCGCACGAGAACGGUUCCAACCGGUUGGUAUUGGUGCGUGAAAACAUCACUCAACCUCGUGGCAUGUGUCUGGAUCCAAGUCCAGGUGCUAAGUGGCUGUUCUGGACAGACUGGGGCGAAAACCCUCGCAUCGAGCGUAUUGGUAUGGACGGCACGAUGAGGCAGACGAUCGUCAGUACGAAGAUCUACUGGCCAAAUGGACUGACUCUGGAUGUCGCCACACAGCGAGUUUAUUUCGCCGACUCGAAGCUAGACUUUAUCGACUUCUGCUAUUACAACGGUACGGGACGUCAACAGGUACUCGCCGCCAGCCACUACCUGCUGCACGCGCACUCGCUGUCGUUGUUCGAGGACACACUGUACUGGACGGAUCGCCAGCUGAACCGAGUGUUGUCGGCACACAAGUACCGAGGCACGAACCAAACCGUCGUCAGUCACCUGAUCUCGCAACCAUUGUCCGUGCACGUGCAUCACCCAUCGCUGCAGCCGAUGUACGAGAGUCCGUGCCGAUGGGCGGCAUGUCAGCAUGUCUGUCUGCUCAGCCCAUCUGAACCGUCCGGAUACGCGUGCAAGUGUCGACCGGGCUAUCGACUGCUAUCUGAAGGACGCUGUACAGAAGAAGAGAACGCCUUCAUCAUGCUACUCAAGGGCAACCAGAUCGUGGACGUGCCGUUCAAUGGAGGUGAUGCUCGCUCAAGCGGACUUAUGCCUGUUGUUGGUAUUGAAGGUGGUAUCAGCUUAGACUAUGAUCGCAAGGGUGAGAUGCUAUACUGGGUGCAAGGUCGCGAUGAGUCAGAUGAUGAGAAUUGUACGAUCUUUGCGACACCCUACGGAGGUGGCAAUCGAACGGAGUUCCUCGGUGCUGACACAGGACUCGUCGGAGCGGCCUACACCAUCGCAUUUGACUGGAUAGGUCGCAAUCUGUAUGUUGGUAAUCGACUCGCGUCCAACAUCGAGGCAAUCAGCGUCGAUGGCAAGGUGCGUUAUCGCACAGUCGUACUCGCCAACGAUGGCAACCGAACGUCGGUAGCAAAACCCAAACAACUUGCUCUAGAUCCUGCCGAUGGACGACUGUUCUGGAUUGAUGAAGGUGGGUUUGGUGUCCUGACGAAGGUGGCCGUUGCUGGCAUGGAUGGAUCGGACGCACGAGUCCUCGAUGACACUGUUCAGUUCCCGGAAUCAAUCACGGUAGAUGCGGAGAAGCGACGUGUGUACUACAGCACACGACUUCCACCAGCUGUCCUCUCGAUGGAUUACGACGGUACUGGACGGCGUACAAUCUUAAGCGAGGAGAACGCUAUAUCUCGUCCAAGGGCGCUGGCCGUGCUUGAAUCGCGGCUGUAUUUCUUGGAUCCAACAUACGAGAAGUUGGCACGCGUCGAUCUACCAAACGGCGAUAACGCCAAGCUGAUCCUUGAUAACGAGCCUGAUCUGCGCCAAAUGGUGAUCUAUAGAAAGCGGUCAUCCCUGCAACACCCAUGUACGAUGAAUAAUGGUGGAUGUGAACACCUGUGCAUACCACACACCGGUUCAUCGAGAGUGUGCGCUUGUGGAAUCGGCUACAAGAAGGAGAAUGAGGUAGCCUGCACACCAUACAAGACGUUUGCGGUGGUGUCACAGUUGGAUGUGACGCGAGGUUACAGCUUACGAGAUAGCACCGAGGCUAUGGUGCCGAUUGCUGGUCCAGGUCAUCAUAUUCUACACGUAGAUGUUCUCUACCGUGAGUCGUGGAUCUACUGGGUUGAGUACAAUCGUGGUCAUUGGAACGGCAUAUUCCGCGUGCGACCUAACGGCACAGAACUCCAGCAUAUAGUACGUGAGGGUAUCGGCAGUAAUGGCAUUCGAGGCAUCGCAAUCGACUGGGUAGCAGGUAACCUUUACUUCACUAACGUUUUCCCACACGAGAACUACGUCGAAGUGGCAUGGCUGGAUGGCACGCACCGGAAAGUGCUGGUGAAGACAACCAACGACGCACCCCGGGAGCUCGCAGUGAACCCAAUUAAAAGACUACUCUACUGGAUCGACUAUGGACAGUAUCCACGCAUCGGUAAGUGUCACCUCGAUGGGUCCAACUGGACGCCGGUGGUGACAUCCGGCAUCUCCAACCCACGAGAUCUCACGGUUGACAUGCUCACACACGACGUGUAUUGGGUCGAUUCGAAGCUCGAUAUGAUCCAGAAGGUUUCAUACAGUGGCGGCAACCGACAGGUGAUCCGUCGCAACCUCGCCAACCCGAUGGCACUGGCUGUCUUCCUUACCGAUGUCUACUGGGUAGAUCGUAACCUAGCGAGCGUGUUCCGAGCUUCCAAAUUCCCUGGUAACAGCACUCGACCUGAGCGACUCCGUACUAACCUGCCAAAGCUGCGAGACAUAACGAUUUACGACAUCAACAGCCAGCCUAUGGAUGACGGCAAUCCAUGCCUCCGACUCGGCAAUGGUGGAUGUGAUCAGCUGUGUUUCGCUCUGCCUCCAGACUAUAGCCAGAAACCUAGCUUCCGGUGUGACUGCGCUGUUGGACGACUUGCAGCUGACGGGCGUCAUUGUGAGUUGACUGAUGAGUAUAUCAUCUUUGCGACCCGAACAGAGAUCCGUGCGAUCGAUCUUGAUCCUGUGUCGACAAAUGUACCAUUCGCGCCAGUGGUUAACCUUACGAACGUGGUUGGGCUCGACUUCGACUAUGCCGACAACAAGCUGUUCUUUACACAGGUUCGCCCGUGGUCAAAGAUCGCGUGGUUGCGUGGUGACAAACCAGAUGCGACCGCCAUCACACCGGUCAUUACCCGAGGUAUCAAUCCCGAGGGUAUCGCGUACGACUGGACACAGCGCAAGAUCUACUGGACUGACAGCUCUAACAACUCGAUCUACGCAAUGAACACCGACGGUACCGAGCUAGUGAUGAUCGCGAGAGUUGAAAGACCUCGUGCCAUCGUGUUGGAUCCGUGCAAUGGCACGCUGUACUUCACAGAUUGGGGUCGCUUUGGGACGUCAGGCAAGAUCUUCCGCACGACGAUGGCUGGGUCUUUGAAACGUGCCAUCAUCGACCGGGAUCUGUCUCAGCCGUCCGGACUGGCGAUCGACUACGAUGAGCGGAUGCUCUACUGGACGGAUGCAGUACGGGAAAAGAUCGAGAGAGCACAAUUGGAUGGUCGCAACCGGGAGGUGUUGAUCUCCGCCACAAUCUAUCCAUUUGCUAUCACCGUGUUCAGGAACUACAUCUACUGGACGGAUCUGCAGCUCCGUGGAGUAUAUCGCGCCGAGAAGCACACUGGUGCAGGAGUACAUGAGAUGGUGAAGCGACUGGAGGACUCACCGCGUGAUAUCCAUAUCUAUAGUGCUACACGGCAGCAGUGCCAAGCUAACCCGUGCCUUCAGAACAACGGUGGAUGUGCACAAAGCUGUCACCCAGGCGCUAAUGGCAAGCCAGAAUGCAAAUGUGACGAGACUACGAAACCGGUCAACGAGGGCCGUAUGUGUGCACCUAAGAACCACACGUGUGACGCCAGCAAGUUCUACUGCCAGAACGGAAAGUGCAUCUCGCGUAUGUGGUCUUGCGACGGAGACGACGAUUGUGGCGAUGGAUCGGAUGAGGACGUGAACUACUGCGCGUUCCACUCGUGUGCCCCGAAUGAGUUCCGGUGCGCGAAUGGAAGGUGUAUCUUCAAGUCGUGGAAGUGCGAUCACGAAAACGACUGUAAGGACGGUUCAGAUGAGGAAGGAUGCUCAUAUCCACCAUGCGUGGAUGGUGAGUUCACGUGCGCCAACGACCGGUGUAUUCCACAGGCACAGGUGUGCAACGGAGUGAACGAUUGUAAGGAUAACGCGACUUCUGACGAGACGCAUGAGCGCUGCCCGACCAAUACCACCUGUCCACCAAACCACCUGAAAUGCGAUCGAACGAACAUCUGCGUGGAGCCGUACUGGUUGUGCGAUGGUGACAACGACUGUGGCGACAACUCAGAUGAGAACCCGCUCCAUUGCGCCCAACGCACCUGCCCGCAGAAUAGUUUCCGUUGCCCGAACCAUCGGUGUAUACCGGCGACUUGGUACUGCGAUGGUGACGAUGAUUGUGGUGAUGGUGCGGACGAACCUCCGGAGUACUGCAAAUCGGAAGGACGUACCUGCUUCGGAGACUUGUUCACCUGUGACAACGGCAACUGCAUCCCUCGGAUAUACAUCUGUGAUGGCGACAACGACUGUCUGGACAACUCAGACGAGGACAACCGACAUCAGUGCAACGAUCGUAAGUGCGAUGAAGAUACUGAGUUCACCUGUCACGAGAAUAAGGCGUGGGCGCGGGCUCAAUGCAUUCCCAAAAAGUGGAUCUGUGAUGGCGAUCCGGACUGUGUGGACGGUGCGGAUGAGAACACCACGCUUCAGCAUUGUCCUACGCCCCAGCCGUGUGGAGACGAUCAGUUCACCUGUUCGAAUGGUCGGUGUAUAAACCAGGGAUGGGUGUGUGAUCACGACAACGAUUGCGGUGACGGUUCGGACGAGGGCAAGAACUGCAACAGUCAGUACAAGACGUGUACACCACAGGAGUUCACGUGCCAGAACUUCAAGUGUAUCCGCAACCAGUACCGGUGUGACGGUGAGGACGAUUGUGGUGACCACUCAGACGAGGCCAAUUGCAAGAAGGAAAACAGCACAUGUGUGGAAGGCAAGUUCACAUGCAACAACGGCCAGUGCAUCGACUACCAUCUCGUAUGCAACAAGGUGCCAGACUGUUCGGACGAAUCAGAUGAACCUUUGCAUUGUAACGUCGAUGAGUGUGCCAAGGUGGAGAUCCAUCGGUGUGGCCACAAGUGCGUAGAUACACUUACCAGCUACUACUGCGACUGCAACCAGGGUUACAAGCUGCUAGAGGACGGUAAGGCUUGUGCAGAUAUAGAUGAGUGCAUUGAAACGCCGGGCGUUUGCUCGCAGCACUGCUCUAACACACCUGGUGGCUACUACUGCAAAUGUGACGAACGCUACUAUGAACGUCAAAACGAUGAGCACACCUGCAAACGAAAGGACGCAACGGACCCGUGGUUGAUAUUCAGCAACAAGUACUACGUGCGAAACAUGUCCGUCGAUGGCCAUCAGUACAACUUAAUUCAUCAAGAUCUAAUGAACGUAGUGGCGAUCGACUUCGAUAUGAAAGAGCGCGAGAUGUACUUCUGCGACGUAACAGCCAAGACGAUCUUUAAAUCCAAGUUCGGAACCCUUGUGGACGGAGUGCGCAUUGAGAAGACGCCGGUGAUCAAGCACGACUCGCACGGACUAGAAGGAAUCGCGAUCGAUUGGGUCGGACGCAAGCUGUAUUGGCUUGAUCGUCACUCGAAGAACUUAGACGUGGCCGAGCUAGAUGGUACACGACGAAAGACGCUUCGUUCGGGUGUUGUCGAUCCACGUGCUAUCGUAGUACAUCCGGGGAUUGGCUAUCUUUACUUCUCGUCUUGGCACCUGCAGGCUUACAUCGCCAAGAUGGGCAUGGAUGGGUCAAACUUCACGCGCAUUCUCACGUGGGAAGACGACAUCGCUUGGCCAAAUGCGCUCACCAUCGACUACUUUACCGAUCGCAUCUACUGGGCGGAUGCUCAUCUUGACUACAUUGCGUUCGCUGACUUGGAAGGGCGACAUCGACACGUGGUGCUCUCUGGCGCCCGAGUCCCGCAUGUGUUCGCACUGUCAAUCUUCGACGAUAGUCUCUAUUGGACCGACUGGAACUUGAAGGCAAUUCUGAAGGCUAACAAGUUCACUGGCGCCAACUACACGGUCGUGCGUAACACCACGCAUCGUCCAUACGACGUGCACAUAAGCCAUCCACUACGACAGGUGCCUUUCGUUAAUCCUUGCGGUACAACGAACGGAGGCUGUUCACAUCUCUGCUUGUUGGCGCCUCCGUUAGAGUCGACUUACCUCAACGUAGAAGGCUAUCUGGAGGAGGGCGCUCCCAGCUACCGUUGCGGCUGCCCCAACCAAUUCUACUUGGCGCGUGAUCAGAAGACAUGUAUCGCCAACUGCACCAGUGGACAGCACCGAUGCGGUGGAAUGGAUGAGAAGUGUAUACCAUGGUUCUGGAAGUGUGAUGGUGAGCCAGACUGUAAGGAUCGAUCGGAUGAACCGGAGAGUUGUCCGGCAAGACACUGCCGCGCAGGAACCUUCCAGUGUGGUAAUGGAAACUGCACUCCUUCGACAACAAUUUGUGAUGGAACGGAUGACUGUGGUGAUGGCACGGACGAACAGAACUGUGAUCUGCCUUGUCCGGUAUCUGACUUCAAGUGCAAAUCGAGCGGCCGCUGUAUUCUCGACAGCUGGAAGUGCGACGGUGAUGCCGAUUGUAAGGACGGCAGUGAUGAGGAUUCGGAGAUAUGUCAUAAGCGAGUUUGCGAUCCAGAGACGGAGUUCAGCUGCAAGAAUGGGCGGUGCAUACCAAAGCUGUGGAUGUGUGACUUCGACAACGACUGCGGUGAUGACUCAGACGAGCCGGCAUAUAUGUGCAGACAACGCAAUUGUACCACGGGUUGGUCACGCUGUCCUGGUCAGUCCAACUACCGCUGCAUUCCGAAGUGGCUGUUCUGCGAUGGUAAGGAUGAUUGCCGCGAUAAGAGCGAUGAGCUGCCAGAAAACUGUCCGCAGUGUAAUCUAGAUACAGACUUCAAGUGCAACAACAACCGUUGUAUCCCAAGACAAUGGAUGUGUGACUUCGCCGACGAUUGUGGAGAUGGUAGCGAUGAAAGCGAAGCACAGUGCAAGGGCAAGUACCGCGAGUGCUCCGAGUCGGAGUUCCGCUGUGACAACGGCAAGUGUAUUUCGAGCCGAUGGCGCUGCGAUCACGAGGACGACUGCGGAGACAACUCGGAUGAGUAUGGCUGCGAGGGCUUCCAGUGCAAGAACGGCACGUUCCAGUGCAGCUCCGGCCAUUGUAUCGCAGCAUACUUCCGAUGUGAUGGCGACCGCGAUUGCCGCGACAUGUCAGACGAGAUCGGCUGUCCGCCACGGUUCCCAGGAGGUCGUUAUUGUCCUGAAUCGCGCUUCCAGUGUGCCAACAACCUGUGCGUGCUGCCUUCAGAUCUCUGCGAUGGUACGGACGAUUGUGGUGACAACUCCGACGAGGCAGCUGCUGUCUGUACUAACUUCAAUUGCGACACACUUCGGCGGUUCCAGUGCGCGAACCAUCGUUGCGUCGCCCGGUAUCAGAUCUGCGAUGGUGUCGACAACUGCGGAGAUGGAUCGGAUGAGAACAACAUGACACUGUGUGCGGCUCGUCAGAAGCCGUGCGAUCUUUACACACAGUACCAAUGUGCCAACCGGAAGUGUAUCGAUCGAGCGCUUGUUUGCGACUACGCAGAUGACUGUGGUGAUGGAUCGGACGAGCUGGGUUGUCACCGAACGGCCAGCUGUUCAGCCAUGGCGAAGGGUGGCUGUGAACACCACUGUGUGAACCUGACUGAUGGAGGAUACAUCUGUGCCUGCUAUGCCGGUUUCAUCAUCAACGCAACCAACAAGAAACAUUGUACUGACAUCGACGAGUGCGCGACAGGCACCCACGGAUGUUCACAGCUAUGUACUAACCUCAACGGCACGUACGAGUGCUCCUGUCGGGAAGGCUUCCGAUUGUCGGAUCGCGUAUCCGGUGUAUGCAAGGCUCUAAAGGGUGAACCACUUGUGGUGUUGUCCGGCGGACCUGAGAUCCGGGCGUAUGAUGCUGUUAAAAAUCGCCAGUUCGACGUGAUCGCAGGUGAGAAGCGCAUUGAAGCACUCGACUAUAACCCCGAAUCGCAGAUGAUCUUCUGGACGGACAGCUAUGACAAAACGAUCAAACGCUCGUACAUGGUGAACGCGAUGAACGGAGACGCAAAGGUCGGAUUCGCGCAAGACCUCAAUAUGAAGGGUGGCACGAAACCGACGGCACUUGCCGUCGACUGGGUAGCGGAUAACCUUUACUGGGCUGAGACGGACCGUACCGGUUCGAAGCCUCGCGGGCGCAUUAUGGUGGCGAAGACAGAUGGUCGGUAUCGUAGAGCUGUAGUACAGGCUGGACUUGAGGUUCCGACUUCGAUUGCUGUUGAUCCUCAGCUUGGGCGCAUGUUCUGGGCAGAUGCUGGAACGGCUCCCAAGAUUGAGGUGUCCUGGAUGGACGGCUCGAAGCGACGACCCAUUAUUACGGAGGCGAUCCGGCACCCAGCCGGACUGACGAUCGACUACUCGCAGGACCAUGCGGUGUACUGGGUUGAUACCAAGCUCAACACGAUCGAGGUGAUGAAGCCCGAUGGUACUAUGCGUCGUGCCGUGCUUAAGGGUGACCUGCUCAAGCACCCGGUCUCGCUGGAUGUGUUCGAGUCGAGUCUCUACUGGGUGACCCGUGACACUGGUGAACUACUGCGUCAGGACAAGUUUGGUCGAGGUGUCCAGGUGACGGUGCAGCGCAAUCUUGCCAAUCCGUCCAGCAUAAAGGUCUAUCAUGAGUUGCGCUACAACACCACACUGAACAAUCCGUGCUACAGGAACCCAUGUUCGCAUCUGUGCCUAUUGGUGCCUGGUGGACGACGUUGCUCCUGCCCGGACAACACCGUGCCGACGUCCCAUCGCAGCACGGCUGAGAUCAUUUGUGAUGCCCCUGUUGAACGACCACGACCGGCCCCACGUGUCUGUCCCUGUCAGAACGGAGGUCUAUGCAAGGAGGGAGAUGCUGGAUCAGGCGCCACGAACGGUGAACUGAUGUGUGUCUGCCUCCCAGAGUUCUCUGGAGUGCAUUGCGAGGUGCACAGUGAGAAGAUCCUUGGUACCGCUGGUAGUAGCACGACCGCCAUUUUCGUUCCGUUGUUGAUCGUCAUGCUAAUCAUCAUAGCCAUCGGACUUUUCGUGAUCGUCAAAAAGCGACCAUUCGGCAAACCGAGUCUGUCAUCGUCACAGAGCGUCUCUUUCCGUCCCGGUACGAACGUCGAGUUCAAUUCGUCCGAGUUUCCGUCCGCCCAACGAGUACCGACCGCUGGUGGAGGCGCCGCCUCUGCCGCGGCCACCGCCGGGACCACCAUCACACCCCUUGACGGCUACAGCCUGGAUACGCUCAACAACAAGAACACCGACUUCAGCAACCCGAUGUAUGACGCCGUCCAGGCCGGUUCUGAUCCGAUGUCAGCCAGCAAUAUGACCUCCGACAUAUACGAGGUGCCGUCGGACGUCGGCAAGCUAAAUGGUCGAAAGGAGGGCUCAUCGAUCUCUAGCGGUCCAUUUACUGAACCUGUUUCGGCGAUAUUAGCCCCGAGCAGUAUCACCCACAAAACUUCGCCCCAGCUGAAUCUGCGCCCGAAGGAGCUCAAUCCGUCGAUGCAUGACACGGGCAAGGACACGCAGCUGUUAGUCGAGGAGGAUAAGUCGGAGUGCUAGAACGUAGGAAGACCGCUUGCAGGCGGUAGGCGGCUUCUUUAGGAUGCCGUACCGUUUUGGCGGGUGUAUGUACAUGUGCUGUAGGAGCCAAGCUCAAAUCACAACCGAAUGCAAAUGAACCGGCACCAGGGAUGGGGGAGAAGACGUGCAGGCAGGGAUAAGGGAGGGAACAUAGGGUCUGCCGAGGAGCAGUGUGGGUGGGACCAAAAGCACGGUCCGACACACGGUUCCUCUUUUAUGAGAAGCCUACGAAUUAAGCGAUACAUAUACGAACAUAUCCUAAGGUUUUUUUCUGUUAAGGUUCCUCGCGGCGGUUCGCUGGGUGGACUUAUUCCACGAACAAGAUAACCCGCAUGGUGACGUCCAGUAGUGUCAAUGACGCACCACGUGGUGAAAGCCAAAAGCGAGACGAACACAAAAAGACAAUGGAAGGCAGGAACGUUUCACCUAUUAGCGUUGUAUAUAGUUAAAAAGAGAUUUGUGUGUUAUUGUGGCAAAACCGGACUCGAAAGCAGUUGUGCAACAGCUGCCACACACUUGUCACCCGAUGCCGAGAUUCCGCAAUCGCCAGUCGCAAGUUGACACUGAAGUGAGGGCGGCAGGUGACCACAUAGUAGGAUGUUGUAAGGUGAACGUAAACGAGGCGCUACAAAAGGCGCGAGAAAAUAAGAUGUUAUUUUAUCCUGAGUAUUGUUGUUCUAACGUAUUCUUACGACAAUGAUUGUGCGAGUGCUGAUCCUUAACGAUGUGGAGUCGGAUCCUGGUAAUCUCGAAAAAAAGGCACGAACAAGAGGAUAGAAAAAUGGGGACGGGAUAUGAGGGCAAAAAGAGGGCAAGGAUUCAUUUACAUUCUUUCUUAAUAAGUUGAGCGAGUUUUAAAGGAAUCUAUUCAAGGAUGUACAUUCUUGGAGCAAAAGUUAACUUGUUGAGACAUUGACAGAACAAAAGCAAUACGCUCUUCGAAGGCGCACUUAAUCCCUAUAAGCUCCAUUUUUUCGAUCCUUUGAGUGACCUUUAAGGACACGCAACCAUUGUAAUCGUUACAAUCGCGAUCACUAUCGUGGAUUUAAGUGCGUGCGCGUGUGUAUGUGUGCGUUUGUAGGAGUUGUGCGUUUGAGCCGGAACUGAUCCGCAGAAAGGCUGCGCAUGCGUGGGAGAGUGAACGAGACACAGAGGGCUUGAUAGAACGAACGAAAAGCAAAAUGGCUACCGUUUGUGCUGCUUCGGUUGCGCCCUGCACCGCCUGCUAUUAUUAAUUUUAUGCUUGUUAAAAGUUAGUUGUUACAGUUUGUUCUCAAUGAACAUGACAAUAAUUAUAUUUAUAUACGUAUCUAUAUGUGUUUCUCGGUGAACCGGGUAUCUCGAUAUGGUUGCAUGGCUAGGAACAUGAGCACGUGGCAUCCGAUCAGUAGGCUCGACCCACGAGUCUCCGCAGUCGAUCAGUGGAAAAAACGCGUCUGGGCGGAAACGUGGCUUAGACAAUGAACCGUCCAGAGGAGCAUGGGUGUUGUAGGGUAGGCAGAACAAGAGGAGAGCGGAGAUGGGCAUGAAACCAGAUUAUCACUAGACUACACUAGAUCUAGCCGGUAUGUCGUGUAUUACUAGGAAAACACUACACGCGUGCAAUGGCGGCUGCUUCGUGCAACCAAAAUCUGGAAGUUUCAAAUCUGCGCGACCGGGCGCGAAUGCGCACAUACACACACCACAUACACACACACAUAGAACACAAAUACACGCACUCGCGCAUUGGACAGUGUCUGAACCAACAGAAGGGAGAGCACUAUAAUAAAAAAACGAUCAAACCAUGU